CAUUACAGGAACUGAUAUCUCAAGAAAGUAAUGGCGACUGUUUACUUUCCAUUGGAACUGCUGCCAGGAACUAAAUAAGGCAAUGCCGACGGCAUGUUCUCAGGUAUAAUCUCCUAAGUCUCAUCACAUCAAUGGAAAUAAGUGCAAGAAAAGUGAUUUAAGCCAUCUCGCCAUCAGACAUAGCAAGGUGAUAGCAACCAAAGAUUUUGCCAGACAUCUGAUUCAACACCUUAUUUUCUAUAAGAUGGUUAUUAUGGAAAGAUAACAACAUUGGAGGGAGCUUUACCUGCCGAGAAGCAUGCCAAUCUACAGUGACUAUCUAUAUCUUCCCAUCUGUAACUCAAUAUUCCCGGUCGGAGAGCAGCAUUCCUCUUCAAGACGAUAGGACAAAAACCCAGGUUGUUCUUUUGCUGUCUCCAGAACAUCAUCUGUGACCAAUGGUCACCAUGACAGCUAAAGCAGUUUUCAAAUGUCAUCCGAGCUCUCAUCAUUUUGAUGAGCGGCAUAUUAGACUGACCGAGCCUGUCAAGAUCGGCCGUUCGGUCGCAAAGGCCCGCCCGGCCUUGGACAAUGGGAUAUUUGAUUGCAAAGUGUUGUCCCGGAACCAUGCGCUCAUCUGGUACGACUUUGAUCUUUUAAAGUUCUUCUUACAAGACACAAAGAGUAGCAAUGGAACGUUUGUCAAUAAUAAUCGCCUUAGCAGGGGGUCGGAGGAGAGCCCCGCCCAUGAGAUCUGUUCUGGAGACAUUGUUCAGUUUGGAGUAGAUGUUGUAGAAAACUCAAGGAGAGGAACUGUGACUCAUGGAUGUAUCGUAGCUCAACUAUCACUAUUCCACCAAGAUGGCACAGAAGCGACAAGAAGUGAUUCAAGCUUGUCAGUGCCGGCAGGUUUCUCCGGCCAAUCAAUACAAGGCAACAACAAUGUUCCAUCUCAAGAACUAUACCAACUUUCCCACUACCUCAAGGUAAGUUCAUACCUGGUCCCUCUUUCAUAAACUUUGUUUUCAAGGGAAAUGACAAGCUACUGUUAUAAGCUACUGUAAUAAGCUACUGUAAUGGGGUCAUUUGAUUGUGAAAUUGCAAAUUUGGCAUAGAAUUCAAGCUUUCGACAUGUAGCAUCUCAAGUACUUCAAUAUUCACCCUACCAUUAAAGUUCAGAGCAACCUAGAUGCUGUUUCACGAUGCUUGUUAUCAAUGUCAAGUUGCAAGCUAUUGUUGAAAUCAUGCCAUUCAAUACUGUCAUGCCUUCUAUAUCAAGCACAACUAGUCAUUUAAGUGUGACUCUAAGUGAUACUUAAAUCUUUGUGAAACACCCCCCAGAUUUAUAAUAAAUAAUGUAAAAGCAACAAAAAGAAUAAUUUGUGCCAGCAAGAUGAAUUUAGAUAGGAAUGAGUCAAAUCCUUGUAACUAUGUGAAUUCCCAGAAGAAAGAACAAAAAGGAAUGUGGAAGCAGGACAGAAUGAUUUUGUAUUUUAUGUAUUCAGGCCAGCUGAAAUUAGAAUGAACCCUUUCAAGUAAUCUCUUGACCCACCCACCUACUUCAGUUAUUAUCUCGGAUGCAAAGAAACGGUUGGUUUGCAAAAAUGCUGCAGAGCAAAUACAAUUUUAGUUAUAUGGGUGUGUAUCAUUGUGAUGUGCUGGUGUACAAAUGGACAUGUAGAUUGAUGUGUGUACAUGAUGAUACAUCGAUAGGAGUAGCGAAACAAAGUUAGUUUGGCCAAAUGUUGUUUCAUGAAACUGUUUAGGAGAAUUUGAAUGAAACCCUUGAAACCAGUGGACAGGUAUAAAACAAGAAUAACAAAAAUCAAAGCAACAAAUAAUCAAAGUUAGAGAGAAAUUAGAAUGAUGAAAUCACUAAUGUUAUGGACAUUCUCCGUUUGGCAAUGCGACCAAGAUUUACAACUCCUCCAUUACUUUUGUAUAUUUUACGUCAAUUCUUAACAAAAAAUUUGAAUAUAUUGACUAUUCCAAGUACCCAAUUAAAAGAAAGUGUGAUUUUUUAUUUUAAUUGCGUUAUAAGGCUCGUCCCUUCUUGACUCUGCCCUCACUCAUGUUAACUAGAUUUUAUUGUAUAUUCGUGUCAUCUACAUGUAUCUUAUCUGUUUAUAUGUUUGUACUUUGUUGAUUUCUUUUUAUGAGUGAAAAAUAAUUACGAAUUGAAAAAAAAAAGUGCAUUUAGUCUACAUGUAGAUCUAUGCUGUACAGGUCAAGAUUAAAUUUGUAGAAAAACAAAAACGUUGCAGAACUUGUGUUUUUUAGUGAGUUUAUAACCAACAAGAUUGUAGGUUUAAUUAGUCGUACUGUAUAGCUUUGGCAUACUAAGUAACAUACAGUAAUGUAUUUCAUGUGCGUGUUCGGGGGGGGGGGGGGGGAGGGUGGUCUUCUCAUUACUCUGGUGGAUUUUGGCACAAACAAACCAAUUAAAAAUGUACUGCUAGGGGAAAGAUAUUUAUAUUUGGUCUUUAUCACGCUAGUUUGAAGCCUGUCACUGUGUUACAUGUAUGUAGGCCUACAGUGAAGUAUAGUACAUUGAGUUACUCUCAACAUUUGGGUUACUCUCAACAUUUAUACCAAUUCCAGUUGCCUAUAUCUACAUGUACAUGUCCAACCAUGUGGUAUUGAAAGAAGUGGAAUGCUUUGCCAGGAAACAUAAGACCAGGGGGUGUUUCACAAAGAUUUAAGUAUGACUUAGAGUCGCACUUAAAUACCAAGUUGGGUACGGCAAGGCUCGACAUUAGCGGUGGCCCGGUGGCCCGGGGCCACCAGAAAUUCACCUCGGGCAACCAUUAUUGAAAAAAUAUUAAGUUUUGGUGGCCCGAAUCGGGCAACCAAUAAUUUUCAAAAUAGCGCAAUUUUUCUCCCCAUUUUGCACGCAUUUAUCAACUUUCUACAGUUCAAAUAGCAAGCCAGUUCGUCAUGCGCCCUUUUUGUUGAUCUACACACAAACACACACACAAAGUUGGCCUACCGCUAUAGCAUUAAGUAGCUUUUAUCCAGCCGGCCGUGCCGGCCGGCUGGCGUGAGCUUUGCAUGCUUGAAGCAGCUAUGCUUUAGCAGCCUAUUCAGACUCAGGGAGCUGCAAUACGAAAUGUUGCUGCUAAGAAAUCUUCCACAGAACUGUGAAAUCCAAGUCAAAGUCACAUUUUACACCAAUGAAAUGCCCUUCUACAGACCUUUUUGCUAAAAUCUGGUGUAUCCUGAUUAUUUGCAAGCAUCAAAAAGAGGAAUCAUGACCUCUCUUAUGACUCAAAAAGACCGAUUUCCAAAUGAAAAUAAUACACAUAAAAACACAUAGGUGAGUACAUCACAGUCCCACGUGUGCAUUUGUAUGUAUGUUGUUACUUGGUUUCUUUCGAAGCUGUGUCUUUUCCGGUCUUUUCUAGCCAAACAUAAACAGACAGUUACUUUCUUUCUUGUUUAUAAAUGACUUCUUAAACAACUCUUGAGAAAAUAAAUACUUUGGGAAGGCAUUUCAUUAAUAUGAAAUGUGAAUUUUUCCAACAUUUUGGCAAAUAUAGGGAAGGAAUUUUCUCACACUUUUUUUUGCCGUUAUAACUUAUAUUAUUUUCUUUCAUUUUUUUUUACAGUGGUUAAACCAUUUAUACCCAUUUAUUCAUUUUGAAUGUUUUUCUUUAUAUUUUUCGGGCCACCAAACUUUAAUAUCGGGCCACCAAAAAAAAUUAAUUGAAGGUUUUGGUGGCCCGAACGGGCCACCACCAAAAAAAGUUAAUGUGGAGCCUUGGGUACGGUAUGAAAGGCUUGACCGCAUUGGUCAGAUUGUGUCAUGAGGACGUGCACUACUGCGUGUCUAUCAAUAAGAUCGCGCGUUCCAUAUCUUGUACGCGUAGGCAUUUAAGUGCGACUUAAGUCAUACUUAAAUCUUUGUGAAAUACCCCCCAGAUCAACUACACGUAAUCGUUAUUGGUCAAGAGUGUGGGUAGGCACAGGUACUCUAAUGGAAUAAAAAAAAAUUGCAAAAUAUGAAUAGACAUUCCGAUGCUGUACAUGUACAUUAUAUGUUCAUGUAGGGUCCCAAAGAAAAAGUAUCAUAUUACAGAGAAUUUUUUUAAAUAAAAUAUUGAAAUCUCCCUUGGAUGGUCUUAUUGAUAAUUAUGAUGGAUGUAAAAUAUUAUAUUGCAAAAGUCCUGCAAAAAUGAUUAUUUUUGGUUUUAGCAAUUACCAGGUUAGAAAGGAAAUAAGAAAUUUGUUGGCUCUUUUCUGAUUACCCCAAACAAUGAAAUUUUGAGUAAUAAUAUAAUAAUACCAACAUGCUUAUAUAGUGCAUAUUACUGCCAAAUGCGUCCCUAUGCGCUUAAUUGGAUAUUGUCACCCUAGCUUUAGCCCCGCAGGCUUUUACAGCGCGGUGGCAUUUCAAGGAAUAAAUUCCUGCCAGGUACCCAUUUACCUCACCUGUGUCGAGUGCAGCACAAUGUGGAUAAAUUUCUUGCCGAAGGAAAUUACGCCAUGGCUGUAGAUCUGUUUUACUCCAUACAUAGGACCAUAGGCCCUACAUAGAUUCUAACAUGGGUAAAAAGAAAUGGAUAUUACAUUUAGUUUUGUUAUUAUACAUGUACAAGAUGUAUAGCAAUUAUAGCCAGGAUGUGAAUUUAAAUAUAUCUAAUGCAGAUUGAUCCUUUAAUCUGCGUUGACACUUAUUCUACCAUGAUGAGUGGUAAACCUCAAAUGACAUGUACCAGCACACAAAUAUAUUCUUGAUGUGACACAUAAAAUAAACAUGUACAUAUGCCAUAAUUGCACUUUACAUAUUAUCAAAUGUACAAUUUUGCUUCAUCGGAAACCAUCACGUUUUCUUCCAGGUACGUUUGAAGUGGGAUGCAAUUAAUUGAAGUAAUGUAGACCGACUGGGCAGGACUUGCGUGGUACCUGAAAGUCGAAUUUCAUGAAUUUGGAAUCGUUAUUGCAGGAUUUUAAUGAUAUUCAUUACAAUGAUCAGAUGAGGAUUUGAGGGGUCUGUCAGAAUCCGUGGGUGUUGAUUGGAAGGGUGAGGCUUGUGUAAAGUAUGCUUAUGAAAUAGGAGAUUUUUCAAUUCAAUUCAAUUCUUUAUUCCAUUUCCAUUCAAAACAUAAUACAAAGUAAUAUAAAGUAAUACAAAUCAAAUACAAUUUUACAGACAAGCAUUCUUACAGUAUAAUUAACAGUAUAAUAUUGAGCAUAAAUGGAAAUGAGGGGGGUCCACUAAAAAGCAAACCUUGUAAAGUGUGGAUCCCCCUUGGAAAUGAAGAAGAUAUAAUCGACUUAUUCAUAUAUAUGCAUUUAUAUAC